CCUCAAAAUACAAAAGAAAAAACAAUGAAAACAAAGCAACAAAAGCACAACCUAAGCACUUUACCACCAUUUGCUUCUUUUUCCCUAUCCUCCGUCUUCAACUACUGAGGUUGUUCUUCCUCUUUAUUUACUCUCAAAAUUUCGAUACCCACUUUACUUUUUCAAUUCCCCCCCACCUUCAAAAUCCUUCACAUGUUGCAAAAGCCCUCUACUUUUUCGAAAACGUAAACGCUUCCCUUUCAUUUUCUGCCUUUUUGUUUUGGGUGUAAUGUGAUAUGAGGCUCUAGAGAAUGUUUCGCCUUCUGGGAACGAUUGUUUUUGGAGCUUGGAUCGCUAACACGGUGCCGUUUUGGCUUCUUCCCCGGCCUUGAUGGGGAGAUCUCUUGAUACAACACUCUGAUUUCACCUUCUUCUUUUGUUGCCGCCGAGUCCAUCUCCAGUUGGUGGUGACUCGGUUGAAUCGGGAGAAACUUGUUUCUGUUGUUGCUAUCGGAAGCAUUUUAAAGGGUUUUGGUGAAAUUGAUUGUUUGCUGUUCGAGCUCUGAUCUCGAAAGGUUUAUGCUUUUCUUGGGUUUGGGGGUUGUCAAGUAAUGGACAAAACGAGGAUAAAGAUGUCUCCAAUCUGGAUAUCGCUGUCUUUGCUGGCCUUAUCUCUAUUCUGGCUCUUCACAAUCAAACAUUAGUGAAAUACAAAAGUCGAAUAUUUACAGUGUGCCCAUUUAUUUUUUUUUGUUCUUUCUGGUGCUAAAGCUUCGUAAAGUUGUGAUUAAGGAGGAUUAAUCUAUAUGGAUUUGCUUUAAAUUCUGUGGGCAAUGUAAUUUGUAGUUGUUGGUUCUGAGUGAGGUGCCCUUAGUAUCGGUUUUUCUGCUUUCUUAUGUUCCAGAAAGUUUUAUAUAAUCUACGUUUAAGCGAAGCUACUCGGGUUGCUUAGGUUUUUGAGCUUCUUCGGAUAUUGUGGAUUUGGGUUUAUAUCAAUUGCAGCAGCGUAUCUAUCUAGAAUUUGAAGCUGCAUAAUUUGCUUCCAAGUGUGAUUAAGGGAGGGAAGCUACGCGGGUCUCAUUUGCAUAUGCUUGGUUAUUUUAAUAUCCGCUAGGAUCCCAUAUGCGCCUGCUUUCGGUGCUAACAAGCUCUCAAGUUGCUUAAAUUAGAUUUUUGAGGAAUGAAAGAGCUGCUUGAGUUUGUUUGGAUUGUCUAACAAGCUCACAAGUUGCUUAAAUUAGAUUUUUGAGGAAAGAAAGAGCUGCUUGAGUUUGUUUCGAUUGUUGGUGGAGCUGCUUGAGCUUGUCAUUAAAUAAGAGAACUCCACUUCGGGUUUUUGGGCUGCACCUUUUCGUGGGUAUUUGUGAAGAUUUGUGGUGAAACUUAAUUUUAAGAUGGCAAUGUCCUGCAAGGAUGGUAAGCAACCAGCGAAUUUGGACAAUGGCAAAUAUGUCCGUUACACGCCUGAGCAGGUCGAGGCCCUGGAGAGGUUUUAUCAUGAGUGCCCCAAACCCAGCUCCAUUCGUCGCCAGCAGUUCAUUCGUGAAUGCCCAAUUCUCUCCAACAUCGAACCUAAACAAAUCAAAGUUUGGUUCCAAAAUAGAAGAUGUAGAGAGAAGCAGAGGAAAGAGUCAUCCCGCCUUCAAGCUGUAAAUAGGAAGCUGACGGCAAUGAAUAAGCUUCUUAUGGAGGAAAAUGAUAGGUUGCAGAAGCAGGUGUCACAGCUGGUGUAUGAGAAUGGCUACUUUCGCCAACAUACCCAGAAUACAACGCUUGCAACCAAAGAUACAAGUUGUGAAUCAGUGGUGACAAGCGGUCAACACCACUUGACUCCUCAGCAUCCGCCAAGGGAUGCGAGUCCUGCAGGGCUUUUGUCCAUUGCAGAAGAGACUUUAACAGAGUUUCUUUCAAAGGCCACUGGAACUGCUGUGGAGUGGGUCCAAAUGCCUGGAAUGAAGCCUGGUCCGGAUUCCAUUGGAAUCAUUGCUAUUUCUCAUGGUUGCACUGGCGUGGCAGCACGAGCCUGCGGCCUAGUAGGUCUAGAGCCUACAAGGGUUGCAGAAAUCCUCAAGGAUCGGCCAUCAUGGUUCCGUGAUUGUCGAGCCAUGGAUGUGCUGAAUGUGCUGCCCACUGCAAAUGGUGGAACCAUUGAGCUGCUGUACAUGCAGCUCUAUGCACCAACAACGUUGGCGCCUGCUCGUGACUUCUGGUUGCUGCGCUAUACUUCUGUUUUGGAAGAUGGUAGCCUUGUGAUCUGUGAAAGAUCACUUAAAAAUACACAAAAUGGCCCAAGCAUGCCAUCAGUACAGCAUUUUGUAAGAGCUGAAAUGCUGCCAAGUGGUUACCUGAUAAGACCUUGUGAAGGGGGUGGCUCCAUCAUACACAUUGUUGAUCAUAUGGAUUUAGAGCCCUGGAGUGUGCCUGAAGUGCUUCGGCCCCUGUAUGAAUCAUCAACAGUGCUUGCUCAAAAGACAACAAUGGCUGCUCUGCGCCAACUAAGGCAGAUAGCUCAGGAGGUUUCUCAGUCUAAUCUCACCAACUGGGGCAGACGACCAGCAGCAUUACGAGCAUUGAGUCAGAGGUUAAGUAGGGGUUUUAAUGAGGCUCUCAAUGGUUUUACUGAUGAGGGAUGGUCAGUGAUGGGAAAUGAUGGCAUGGAUGAUGUGACUAUCCUUGUGAAUUCCUCACCUGAGAAGUUAAUGGGUUUAAAUCUUUCCUUUAGUAAUGGAUUUUCAGCUGUCAGCAAUGCAGUUUUAUGUGCCAAAGCAUCAAUGCUUUUACAGAAUGUUCCUCCUGCAAUCCUUCUUAGGUUCUUGCGGGAGCACAGGUCAGAAUGGGCAGACAACAAUAUUGAUGCUUACUCAGCUGCUGCAAUUAAAGUUGGUCCGUGUAGCUUACUGGGGUCUCGAGUUGGAAGUUAUGGAGGUCAAGUCAUUCUCCCUCUGGCUCAUACCAUUGAGCACGAAGAGUUUUUGGAGGUCAUUAAAUUGGAAGGUAUGGGCCAUUCUCCUGAAGAUGCAAUAAUGCCUAGGGACAUGUUUCUAUUGCAACUCUGUAGUGGAAUGGAUGAGAAUGCCAUCGGCACCUGUGCGGAGCUUAUAUUUGCUCCUAUUGAUGCAUCCUUUGCAGAUGAUGCACCUCUUCUACCUUCUGGUUUUCGCAUAAUUCCCCUUGAUUCUGCAAAGGAAGCCUCCAGUCCAAAUCGCACCCUGGAUCUUGCUUCUGCUCUUGAAACUGGACCGGCUGGAAAUAAAUCCUCUACUGAUUAUUCUGCUAAUUCUGGCUGUAUGAGGUCUGUGAUGACAAUUGCGUUUGAAUUUGCAUUCGAGAGCCAUAUGCAAGAGCAUGUAGCAUCAAUGGCUCGACAAUAUGUCCGAAGUAUUAUAUCAUCAGUUCAGAGAGUGGCAUUAGCCCUCUCUCCAUCUCAUUUGGGGUCACAUGCUGGUCUUCGGUCUCCACUUGGUACUCCUGAAGCACAGACGCUUGCUCGCUGGAUCUGCCAGAGCUAUAGGUGCUAUUUGGGCGUGGAAUUACUCAAAUCAAGCAGUGAAGGAAGUGAAACCAUUCUCAAAACUUUGUGGCAUCACUCGGAUGCUAUCAUGUGCUGCUCUCUGAAGGCUUUGCCAGUCUUCACUUUUGCAAACCAAGCAGGGCUUGAUAUGUUGGAGACGACUUUGGUAGCCUUGCAAGACAUAACUCUGGAAAAGAUAUUCGAUGAUCAUGGUCGAAAGACUCUCUGCUCGGAGUUCCCACAGAUAAUGCAACAGGGGUUUGCUUGUCUUCAAGGUGGAAUCUGUUUGUCAAGCAUGGGCAGACCAGUCUCAUAUGAGCGAGCAGUGGCCUGGAAGGUGUUAAAUGAAGAAGAAACUCCACAUUGCAUCUGCUUCAUGUUUAUAAACUGGUCUUUUGUGUAAGAUUGAUGCUAUAAUCCUUCUGAGGUUUAAAGAGAGAGAGAACUCUAGAACUGUGUUAUUAUUUUGUUGGCAUGUCUAUAUUUUAUGUGCAACAGCCUUGGAAUGCUUGGUAGAACCUUCAAGGUCCUAUGCACUUGUUCAUUUGCUAUGUAUUAAACUUGAUUAUGUGUGGGAACUGGGAAUCAUUGUCCAACAUAUUACUCAGAUGCUUGUAUUUGACGGUAUGUUAUUAGACUGCAAUUACUGCAACUUUCAGUUGGUUUGGUCUUU